AUGGACCCUCAAGACGUUCCCACCAACACCGAGGCCGAGCUCGAGUCUUUCCGACAGAAAUGGAGGGAAGAAGUGACUGCCAGAUCAAAGGGCAAGGCGCCUGCCUCGCCUGUGUCGGUCAAGAACACCGCUACUUCAUCCUCAACGAGCAAAUCUCAUGCAAACAAAAGCAAUGCGCCUGAUGUGCAGCAUCACACUCGUGCUCGAAGCCUAAGCCUAGAAGGCGGUGACGAAGUCAACUCCUAUACCUACCAUAAUCUGGGUGAGAAGCAGCAUGGCCGGAGACUUGAUGAAACGAGCGCUCAGACCGCUGCCCCCAUUGCUGAGGAGACCGAACCGACGUCUGCUCUAGAACAUUAUGAAAAAGCCGUAGAAAAGGAAAGCCAAGGUAGUCUGGGUGACAGUGUAGACCUGUACAGAAAAGCAUUCAAGCUCGAUUCUGGCGUUCAAGAGACGUACAAAGCGAAACACUUCCCGCCCUCAUAUUUCAAGAAACUCAAAGCUGCACAAGCAGCAAGCGCUUCAGUUUCAUCAUCAACACCAGCAUCGUCCCACCCUGUACCCAAACCCCAGGACCCCAACCCAUCCAAUGCCUCAGCCACAGUGCCCAACACUGCCCACCACUCCCUACAUGGUCUCUCUUCCACGUACCAAAGCCUGAUCAACGAAUACGCCAGCACUUCUAUUCUCGGUGAGCUAGCACCAACCGAUCUAAGCCCCGCGCCUCCAUGUCCGAUAUCCAGUAUUCCAGAAGAGAUUGUUGUUGAGAUAUUAGAGCAACUCGCCAUACAAGACAUUGCGUCAUUCGCUCGCCUGGCCCAAGUGUGUAAACGCCUGGCUUACCUAGUGACCACCGAAGACCGUGUUUGGAAACGUUUAGCUCUAGGGCCCGAAUAUGGCUUCGCGUCCAUGCACUACACAUGGUCGUGUCAAGUUGGUGGGAAACCGCUCAAUGACGACGACAUGGGCGGAAUCACUCUAGGUGCUGCAAACCUUGACCUCUCUGAUACCGAAGACAUCGAAGCCGCAGCCGAAUCACUCUCUCCAGCAGCACUGACCCAGCUUCUCGUCCCAACACCAUACCCCACUUACCGCACACUCUUUCGACAACGCCCUCGCAUUCGGUUCAACGGCUGCUACAUCAGUACGGUCAACUAUACGCGUCCGGGACAAGCACUACCUACAACAUCAUCCUGGAACUCGCCUAUCCAUAUUGUAACUUACUUCCGCUACCUGCGCUUUCUGCGCGACGGGACAUGCAUUUCUCUACUCACCACUACCGAGCCCGCCGAUGUGGUUCCCUACUUGUAUGUCGAACACAUUCACAAGAACCAUCACAACCUGCCCAGUGCACCAAUGAAAGAUGCCGUGUUAGGCCGCUGGCGCAUGAGCGGUCCGGAGCCUGGCAGCGAGGAACCGGAGGGCACGCUGCAUAUCGAGAAACCAGGCGCCACGCCAAAGUACAUGUACAAGAUGGCACUGAGUUUUGGCAAUGCAGGGCGAGGAGCUAAGAACAACAAACUUGUUUGGCAAGGGUACUGGAGUUAUAACCGGUUGACGGAUGACUGGGCCGAGUUUGGAUUGAAGAAUGAUCGUGCCUUCUACUUUAGUAGGGUAAAGAGCUAUGGCAUGAGCUGGGGCGAGAGAGGCAUUAAGGAGUCGUAA